AUGACGGUGCAGCCGAUAGUCAUUCUCUCGGAGACGCCCAUCGUCGUUACCGGAACGUUACCAACGAACACGGACAUUGUCAUCGACGACAACCACACAAUUCACAUCACCAACGCACCAACGACGAUCAGCACCGUGGUGACCAGGACAAUCAGGUUCACUACGACAAAUUCAGGGCUCAUCAUCCCGGGCCGCACCGGCGUACCGACAAGCACCAACGGCCGACAAACUUCGGACCGAAGCACUGUUGCAACCCCACGAAGCACAACGGCCCCACCUGGAAGUACGGGUACGGAAAUCCCGCCGAGCGGCACGGGUGGAUCCUCCGGCGCUUCCACUGGAGGGCCGCCGGGUACCGAUACCAACUCCGGGCUCGGCCCGAGUCGGACAAACAGCAACACAAAUCCGAAUCCUACCAAUACCAACACCAACACGGGGAAUACUCCUACGAGCCCUGGUUCUAAUACCAGCACGAACACCAGGAAAACCAAUACGAAUCCUGUUACGACUAAUACCAAUACCAACACCAACACCAACUCCAGGAGCACCAAUACCAGACCGAGCGUCAGCACGAACACGAGUCCAGUAUCAUCCAGCUCUUUCAACACAGACACUAGAGCCGGUGUCAGCACCAACACAAACACGAAUCCGACAAACACCAGGUCUUCUAAUACAAACAUUGCAACAGGUAAGACUACCAACCCCAACACCAAUCCUGAAACUUCAAGCACCUCCAAUACAAACACUGGAGCGGGCACAAAUACCAAUCCUAAAACUUCAAGCACCUCCAACACAAACACUGGAGCGGGUACAAAUACCAAUCCUGUAACUACAAGCACCUCCAACACAAACACUGGAGCGGGCACAAACACCAAUCCUGCAACCUCAAGCACAUCCAGAACAAACACUGGAGCGGGCACAAAUACCAACCCUGCAACUUCAAGCACCUCCAACACAAACACUGGAGCGGGCACAAAUACCAAUCCUGCAACUUCAAGCACCUCCAACAUAAACACUGGAGCGGGCACAAAUACCAAUCCUGUAACUACAAGCACCUCCAAUACAAACACUGGAGCGGGCACAAAUACCAAUCCUGCAACUUCAAGCUCUUCCAAUACAAACACUGGAGCGGGCACAAACACCAACCCUGCAACUUCAAGCACCUCCAACACAAACACUGGAGCGGGCACAAAUACCAAUCCUGUAACUACAAGCACCUCCAAUACAAACACUGGAGCGGGCACAAAUACCAAUCCUGCAACUUCAAGCUCUUCCAAUACAAACACUGGAGCGGGCACAAACACCAACCCUGCAACUUCAAGCACCUCCAACACAAACACUGGAGCGGGCACAAAUACCAAUCCUGUAACUACAAGCACCUCCAAUACAAACACUGGAGCGGGCACAAAUACCAAUCCUGCAACUUCAAGCUCUUCCAAUACAAACACUGGAGCGGGCACAAAUACCAAUCCUGCAACUUCUAGCUCCUCCAACACAAACACUGGGGGGGGCGGCACGAAUACAAAUUCUGUACCUUCCAGUCUUUCAAACACAAACCCUGGGGCAAGCACCAACACCAACACGAGCCCCGCAACGUCCAGCUCUACCAACACGGGCACAGGGGCGGGUAUCAACACUUCCACGAAGCCUGCGAUUUCCAGCACUUCCAAUACUGGGGGCAGUACUGCAACUGACACGAACACAAAUCCGACAAACACAGGUGCAUUCAGCACAAACUCGAACACCAACAGUGUUGCAAGUUCCAGUACAACUCAUUCAACUUCUAGCCCUUCCAGGACGAAUACAGCGGCAGGCAGCGGUACCAUUACAAACACCAAACCAACGAAUACCGCAGCAAGCAGCGCUAGCCAGGGAAGCAGUAAUGCUUCCGGUGAAAGUACCGUUUCAGCGAGCACCAACCCGACAGGCACAAACACCGCUGGUACAAUCACCUUGGCCAGUAGUACAGGGUCGAAAGGCUCUACUUCCUUGGCCAGUAGCAGAACCUCUAGCAGCUACACAGAGACUAGUUCAAGAGCCGGCGGUUCGCUGACGAGCAGUUUGCCAGUUAGUUCUUCAGGGACCAGUGCACCAACUGGCAGUACUGCUUCGAGAAGUUCUGUGGCUACUACUUUCACAAGUACUGGCACCGCAGCUACAAGUUCUACUACUGCUGCUGGCUCUGGAGCUGCUACUUCAGGAGGCGCUUCGUCCGAAUCUAGUAGCUCUAUGACCACUGGUUCAGGGGCUACUGGUUCAGGAGCUGCCACUUCAGGAGGUGCUUCGUCUGUACCUAGUGUUUCUGCAACUACUGGCUCUGCAGCUACUGGUUCAGGAGCUGCCACUACAGGAGGUGCUUCGUCUGUACCUAGUGGUUCUGGAACUACUGGCACUGCAGCUACUGGUUCAGGAGCCGCUACUUCAGGAGCUGCUACUUCAGGAGGUGCCUCUUCUGUAACUAGUGGUUCUGUAUCUAGUGGUUCUGUAGCUACUGGUUCAGGAACUACUGGCUCAGCAGCUACUGGUUCAGGAGCUGCCACUUCAGGAGGUGCUUCGUCUGUACCUAGUGGUUCUGCAACUACUGGCACUGCAGCUACUGGUUCAGGAGCCGCUACUUCAGGAGCUGCUACUUCAGGAGCUGCUACUUCUGUACCCAGUGGUUCUGGAACUACUGGUUCUGCAGCUACUGGUUCAGGAGCCGCCACUUCUGGAGGUGCUUCGUCUGUACCUAGUGGUUCUGGAACUACUGGCACUGCAGCUACUGGUUCAGGAGCGGCUACUUCAGGAGCUGCCACUUCAGGAGGUGCUUCUUCUGUAAUCAGUAGUUCUGUAACUACUAGUUCAGCAGCUACUGGUUCAGGAGCCGUUACUUCAGGAGCUGCCACUUCAGGAGGUGCUUCUUCUGUACCUAGUGGUUCUGGAACUACUGGUUCAGCAGCUACUGGUUCAGGAGCUGCUACUUCUGUACCCAGUAGUUCUGCAACCACUGGUUCAGCAGCUACUGGUUCAGGAGCCGCCACUUCUGGAGGUGCUUCGUCUGUACCUAGUGGUUCUGGAACUACUGGCACUGCAGCUACUGGUUCAGGAGCCGCUACUUCAGGAGCUGCUACUUCAGGAGGUGCUUCUUCUGUAACUAGUGGUUCUGUAUCUAGUGGUUCUGUAACUACUGGUUCGGGAACUACUGGCUCAGCAGCUACUGGCUCUGGAGGUGCUACUUCAGGAGGUGCUUCGUCUGCACCUACAAGUUCUGGAGUUGCUACUUCAGGAGGUGCUUCGUCGGCUAGCAGCUCUAGGACUACUGGUUCAGCAGCCACAGGUUCAGCAUCUUUCACUUCAGGAGGUGCUUCGUCUGCAAUUACAAGUUCUGAAUCUGCUGCUUCAGGUGCCACUUCAGGAGGUGCCACUUCUGCAGUUACAAUUUCAGGAGCUACCACUUCAGGAGGUGCUUCGUCUGCACUUAGUAGUCCGGGGAGUACUGGUUCAGCAGCCACUGGUUCAGGAGUUGCCACUUCAGGAGGUGCUUCGUCUGCAAUUACAAAUUCUGGAGCUGCCACUUCAGGGGGUGCUUCGUCUGCAUCCAGUAGUCCUCGGACUACUGGCUCAGCAGCCACUGGUUCAGAAGUUGCCACUUCAGGAGGUGCUUCUUUUACAGUUACAAGUUCAGGGUCUGCCACUUCAGAAGGUGCUUCGUCCACAUCUAGUAAUUCUGGGACUACUAGUUCAGCAGCUACUGGGUCAGGAGCUGCUACUUCAGGAGGAGUAUCUUCUACCGUUACUAGCCCAGGAACUAAUAGUUCAGCAGCUACAGGUUCAGCCACUACUGGCUCAGCAGCUACUGGCUCAGGAGCUGCUACUUCAGGAGGUGCUUCUUCUCAAGUUACAAGUUCUGUAGCUGCCACUUCAGGAGGUGCUUCUUCUGUAAUCAGUAGUUCUGUAACUACUAGUUCAGCAGCUACUGGUUCAGGAGCCGCUACUUCAGGAGGUGCUUCGUCUGUACCUAGUGGUUCUGCAACUACUGGUUCAGCAGCCACUGGUUCAGGAGCUGCCACUUCAGGAGGUGCUUCGUCUGUACCUAGUGGUUCUGCAACUACUGGUUCAGCAGCUACUGGUUCAGCAGCUACUGGUUCAGGAGCCGCUACUUCAGGAGCUACUACCUCUGUAUCCAGUGGUUCUCGAACUACUGGCUCUGCAGCUACUGGUUCAGGAGCUGCUACUACAGGAGGUGCUUCGUCUGUACCCAGUGGUUCUGCAACUACUGGUUCAGCAGCUACUGGUUCAGGGACCGUUACUUCAGGAGCUGCCACUUCAGGAGCUGCUUCUUCUGUACCUAGUGGUUCUGGAACUACUGGUUCAGCAGCUACUGGUUCAGGAGCUGCUACUUCUGUACCCAGUGGUUCUGGAACUACUGGUUCUGCAGCUACUGGUUCAGGAGCCGCUACGUCAGGAGCUACUACUUCUGUACCUAGCGGUUCUGCAACCACUGGUUCAGCAGCUACUGGUUCAGGAGCCGCUACUUCAGGAGCUGCUACUUCUGCAGUUACAAGUUCAGGAGCUGCCACUUCAGAAGGUGCUUCGUCCACAUCUAGUAAUUCUGGGACUACUAGUUCAGCAGCUACUGGGUCAGGAGCUUCUACUUCAGGAGGAGCAUCUUCUACCGUUACUAGCACAGGAACUAAUAGUUCAGCAGCUACAGGUUCAGCCACUACUGGUUCAGCAGCUACUGGCUCCGGAGCCGCUACUUCAGGAGGUGCUUCUUCUCAAGUUACAAGUUCUGUAGCUGCCACUUCAGGAGGAGCUUCAUCUGCAUCUAGUAGCUCUGGGACGACUGGUUCAGCGGCCACAGGUUCAUCUGCUUCAGGAGGUGCUUCUUCUCAAGUUACAAGUUCUGUAGCUGCCACUUCAGGAGGGGCUUCAUCUGCAUCUAGUAGCCCUGGGACGACUGGUUCAGCGGCCACAGGUUCAUCUGCUACCACUUCAGGAGGUUCCACUUCAGGAGGCGCUUCUUCUGCAGUUACAAGUUCAAGAGUUGCCACUUCAAGAGGAGCUUCGUCCGAACCUACUAAUUCUGGAACUACUGGUUCAGCAACUACUGGUUCAGGAGCUGCCACUUCAGGGGGUGCUUCGUCUGUACCUAGUGGUUCUGCAACUACUGGCUCUGCAGCUACUGGUUCAGGAGCCGUUACUUCAGGAGCUGUUACUUCAGGAGCUGUUACUUCAGGAGGUUCUUCUUCUGUACCUAGUGGUUCUGGAACUACUGGUUCAGGAGCCGCUACUUCAGGAGGUGCUUCGUCUGUACCUAGUGGCUCUGCAACCACUGGUUCAGCAGCUACUGGUUCAGGAGCUGCUACUUCUGUACCCAGUAGUUCUGCAACCACCAGUUCAGCAGCUACUGGUUCAGGAGCCGCUACUUCAGCAGCUACUGGUUCAGGAGCCGCUACUUCAGGAGCUACUACUUCUGUACCCAGUGGUUCUGGAACUACUGGCUCUGCAGCUACUGGUUCAGGAGCUGCCACUACAGGAGGUGCUUCGUCUGUACCUAGUGGUUCUGCAACUACUGGUUCAGCAGCUACAGGAUCAGGAGCUGCUACUUCGGGAGGAGCAUCUUCUACCGUUACUAGCUCAGGAACUAAUAGUUCAACAGCUACAGGUUCAGCCACUACUGGGUCUGGGGCUGCUCCUUCAGGAGGUUCCUCUUCCACGCGUAUUAGUUCACGGACCACCGGUUCAGCAGCUGGUUCGGCGACAACCGGCACAGGAGCUACCAAUUCAUUAUCUAGUAGUUUCUCGUUUACUGGUUCAGCAAGUACUGGCUCCGUGGCCAGCAGUGGAGCAGCACCAAGCAGUUCUCAAGUUUCGAGCUCAGCGGUGACCGAGUCAGGUGCAAGCAGUUCAAGUAUCAACACUUCUCUGACUGCCAGCUCAGCAGGUGCCAGUUCAGGGACAUCCAGCGCAGGAACUACCAACUCCGGGACUGGCAGUUCCUCCGCUACCGGGUCAACAUCCAACAGCCCUACAACUACCAUUUCAGCGACCACAGGUUCAGGAACUACCGGGUCGGAGACCACGAGCUCAGGAGCUACUACUGUAGCUAGUGCCAUCACUACAUCCGGCAGUAAUACAGAAUCAUCAAGCCCAUUAUCUACAAGUUCACUCUUUACGAGCUCGGGGGCAAGUGGUUCAGCAGCCACUGGCUCUCUGACCACCGGAUCAGUGACAACAGGAACAGCGGCCACAGGAUCAACCGAUACUGCUAGUGCGGGAGGAAGCAGUUCCACAACUGGAAGUGUGACAGCGGGUACUAGCUCAGGAACAGGCAUAUCAACCACAGCUUCAAAUUCGGCUACGACAGGUUCGGGUGCUACCGGCUCAGGACCUACAAGUACUCAGUCCACUGCUGCAGGGCAAACCGGCUCAGCAACCACUUCUUCACAAAUUACUGGAACAGCAGCUAGUACUGCGGGGACCACUGGAUCAGCCUCAAUUAGUACAGGAGCCAGCAGUUCAGGAACCGGCAGUUUUGGAGCCACAAGUUCAGCGGCUACAAGUUCGGGGGCUAACAGUAGUACAGUAGAAAUCACUUCAGCAACCAGCAGUUCACCUACGACUAGUUUAGGAGCAGACAGUUCAACAGCCACUGUUAAUACAGAUUCUUCCGCUUCAACAUCUACAGGCUCAGCAACAACCCGUUCGGGGACUGCUGCUUCAAGCGCUAGCACUUCCGGAGCAGGCGGCUCAAGUAGCAGUAAUACAGCAAUCACAGGCUCAGCAGCAACCAGUUCAGGAGCUGGUGGAUCAACAUCCAACAGUAGUAAUACAAGAGCCACAACUUCAUCAACCAGUUCAGGAGCCACUGCUUCAGGAGCUAGCACUUCAGGAACUAGUGAAUCAACAUCCAACAGCAAUACAUCAACCGCAACUUCAGAAGCUACAGGUUCGGCCACGAGUAGUAGUGUUACACCAACAUCUAGUUCGGCGACUACCAUUUCAGGAGUUGGCAGUACAGGGACGAGCAGCAACACCGCCGCUACGAGUUCAGCAGCCAGCGGUUCAGCAGCCACUACUUCAGCACCAACGACAUUUUUGACGACUACUUCUCCAGCCAUUACUUCAGCUUUCAGCGACUAG